AAGGCCACAACCUGUCAAAACAAAACAAAGGAGACCUUCUGAAGCGGAAAAGGCAUUAUUGGGAAGUCGACUUCCAAGAAAAUCAUGGUUAGAGAGGAGAUGACGGCAGUUCUAACGCCUCCGUUAGCGUUGGAAGGCGGGUUAGCCGCGGAGCACCGGGCGCCUAACCUGAUCCAGCGCAUUCUAAGCCUAUUCCACAACGUACGGCCAGGAUCCGAUCUCACUAACUUCCAGCUUCCUCCAAUGUUCAACUUACCGAAAUCACAGUUACAAUUAUUUGCGGAGAUGAUUUACUGCAUCAAUGACGACUAUUUGAGCAAGUGUGUUGAGGGAAGCAGUAGCCUCGAGAGGUUUACCGCAGUUGUUGCAUGGAAUAUAUCGAUGAUUAGGCCUCCGAUCUUCGGUUUGGCUCCUUACAAUCCUGUUCUUGGAGAGACUCAUCAUGUUUCAAGAGGAACUCUAAAUAUUCUACUUGAGCAGGUCUCGCAUCAUCCACCGGUGACUGCUCUCCACGCCACCGAUGAAGACAAGAACAUUGAACUAAUUUGGUGUCAACAUCCAACGCCGAAAUUUCAUGGUACUACUGUGGAAGCUACAAUGCAUGGGAGAAGGCAAUUGAAACUUGCCAGAUUUGAUGAGAAUUAUGAAAUGGAAACACCAAAGUUGUUGAUAAGAAUACUUCCAAUUCCUGGAAUUGAGUGGGUGGGAAAUGUCAGAAUAAAAUGCAAAGAAUCAGGAUUAGAGGCUGAUCUUUGCUUCCACAAAACCAAUCCAUUUCUUGGUUUCGGGAGGAAUUCGAGAUUGGUUAAGGGAAAGAUCUUCUACUCGAACUCGCUAAGAACAAUAUACGAGAUCGAGGGGCAUUGGGACAGGACUGUUGCAUUGAAGGAUGUUAACAGCGGAGAAAGCCAAAUUAUAUACAAUGCAAAAGAAGCUAUCGGAAAGCUUACGACACCUUCAAUUAAAGAUCCAAAGGGAUUGCAGCCCAGUGAAUCGGUGGUUGUGUGGAGUGAAGUAAGCAGAUCAAUAUUAGACAAAGAUUGGGGGAAAGCAAGAGAAGCAAAAAGAAGCAUUGAAGAGAAACAGAGAGAAUUACAAAGAGAGAGGAAGUCUAAAGGAGAAGUUUGGGCCCCCAAGCAUUUCAUUCUAAGGCAUUCUAAGGAAUGUGGAUGGGAUUGUUCUCCUAUUGAAAACGUUGUGCAUGAAGCUCCCAUCAUUGCCCCAUGUCCAGAAGAAACAAGGGAUUGAUACAAGAGAUUAUGUCUUUCUUUCCUAACUUCUAAAUAAUGACCAAGUUUAUUCUCAUCUGUAUGAGC